CAUACGAAUCACGGACUAUAGCUAGAGGCAACCCGAAGGAAUUCGAUAUGAUUGGUCCAUUUCGAUUUGCUAUCUCUUUACUCCCUAUGGUUAACAGUGAAAAUAAUAGGUGCAAUGAGCCAGAGUCUCGCGGAACAUAUCACGGUCUUCAAAUCCACCUAAUUUUCUAGGUCCAGUGACUCGUCACAAUGAUCAUAUCGAAUUACGCUCAGGCAGUUUAAAGCUCGUGCAUUAAGUAUAUCGGGUUACCUCAUUCGUCAGCCUAGCCUGCUUUACCCCGUCGGCGGCCGCCUUUCGGAUGCCUCUCGGAUGAUGUCGAAUUAGUUGGAGGAUUCGUUGAGGGACGCCAUGACCGCAGCCUGCAUGGAAAUAUACAGUGUCAUUCGAAGAUUCUCACUGUCUCGGUAUAUUUCCCUCGAAUUCUCAGCUUUAUGUUACUUAAAUCGUUAAUUGCUUCUUUUUUGUAAGUUAUUGAUACGCUAUAUCAUCCUUUCAUUUCGUAUAAUCUAGAUAUUAAAUUAGCCUUUGUUGGUGUAGUCGAUAUAUCACUUCUGCUUUGCGGAAUACCCAGUAUGCACGGGUAGUUUCUAGAGAUAUCUUUUUACCUAAUUUCACCAUAAAACUCAUGAAAUCUAUAAACGAGAAAAUUGAACUCGUAUCCUUUUCUGUCAACAUGGGGUUGCCUAAAAUGAAGCCUAUGCUGUCGCAACUGAAACGGAGCCUUCGGAGGGGGUUUAAAACGAGAGUUGGUUCGGAAACCGAAGUAAGUGGUUCAGGUAGCUCCAUCGCGACGAUCGCUAAGGACGAGACUAUGAAAUGCGAAAUGAAACAUCUGGACCUGAAGUACGACGACUGGGAUGAGCAAUUCUUCGCGGAGCGAGAAGAGGAAACGGAAAAGCCGGAGCAGAAGGAUUGGUGGAGGUUGUUUGCCUUUUGCCUCGUGAGGGUGUACUACGAUGAUGGCGAUCUUGAUACGACGCGCUUAUAUGUGAAUCACCAGCCGCUACGACAGUUGCUUAGGGAUGUGGUUGGGGAUUACCCUGAUGAUCCGGUUAAUGUCGAGGACGUCCAGAUCGAGGCGCCGUUUCACUCGCUGUUUCAUUACAGGCAGGAAAUUGAGACUGAGGGUCUGGAUCGGUUUAAGGAGGACGAGGAGUCGAUGGCGCAGUUGAAGUUACUGAACUCGUGGAUUAAGACGCAUUUCGAGAACGACACGGCUGCGUAUGAGAAAUGCGUUAGUGGGGGCCUUAGAGCUAUCCCGUAUGAUAAGCUGUGGACGCUGUUUCCGCCCGGCAAGCUGAUCCAUGCUAAGGCCUUGGAGCAGCACCGCGCGUUUCGCGUCAGCAGCUGUUGUUAUGAGGAUGAAGUUAGUGAACGAGAGGCCCUCCAUAUCGAGGCGUCUUUCGUCGAUUUCGAUGGGACGAAACUAGGGACGAGGAAAGUGGAGCUCAUUGUUCCGAAAUAUGCCGGCACACGUCAGCUAAAGGAGCUCCCUACCAUGCCUCUUGAUCUACUAGAAGAUGCAGUUGAGGUCAGGAAGGAGCUUGUACAGAGAGGGAGGAAAUUCGAAGGCUUCGUCGGACAACAUUUCGAGCAAUACGAUGGCAUUGCGCUGCGCAAGACGGAUCAGGGGUACGCGCGGAUCAAUGUUAAAGGCCGCAUCAUGAUCGAUUGCGAGACGUACCACCGACACGAGGCUAAUGACAUGUUCGUCGUGGAUCUCCGGCUUCCAGGGGACCAACGGCACGAGAAAAGCAAAACAAGGUUACACCGUAGGGCGGUGGAAAACCUGGCUUUUGUGCCUGAAGCGAAGACGUUCGAUAAGCUGUCCGAUGACGACGCGGUGGUUGCGAGCGCCACGGUUAGGGGGUACGCGUUUUCGGUGAAAUUGUUUCUCGAGUUCUUCGUGGAUAAGGUGACGCCGAUUGAGUGGAACACGAAGUGUUUUGAUGAUUUAGUAUUAAAUCAGGAUACGAAGAAGACAGUUCAGGCGGUGGUUUCGACGCAUUCGAAUAAGAGGGAGGGCUUUGAUGAUAUUGUUAAGGGGAAGGGACAGGGCCUUGUUUGUGUGCUGCAUGGCCCACCGGGCGUCGGCAAAACACUCACAGCAGAAUGCGUAGCCGAAUACGUCAAGCGACCCCUUUACAUGGUAUCCUCCGGCGACCUCGGCGUAUCAAGCGGGCACCUCGACGUCAAUCUAACGCGAAUCAUGGAUCUCGCCUCGACCUGGCGCGCCGUCCUCCUCAUCGACGAAGCAGACGUCUUCCUCGAGCGCCGGUCCCUGCAUGAUGUCCAUCGUAAUGCCAUGGUCAGCGUAUUCCUACGUGCCCUCGAAUACUACAGUGGUAUCCUCUUCCUAACCACGAACCGCGUCACCGCCUUCGACGACGGAUUCAAGUCCCGCAUCGACGUGCCGAUUCGGUAUACGGAUCUAACCACCGACUCGCGAUUGCAGAUUUGGCGGAAUUUGUGCUCUCGCGUGCCGGGUGGUGUGGAUGUAGAUGAGGCAGGGUUUAAGAGUCUGGCGGCACAUGAUUUGAAUGGUCGGCAGAUCAAGAAUGUUAUUAAGGCGGCUGAGAACCUGGCUGCGUUUGAUGGUGUAAAGGUUGAUUUGAAACAGUUGAAGCAGGUCACCCAGAUCCAGGAUGCGUUUGAGAAGGAUUUGACGACGAUUGGCGGCGUGGAUUACACGGCGCCGGGCGAACCGAGGAAGGAUGGGGGGCAUUUUAUGUAUUUUUAGGGAGAUUGGUUAUUAUGAUCAUGAGUACGUGUAUGUGUAUAUAAUGGGAUAGAAGGAUGUAUUUAAUGAUGCAUGUAGCGUUCAGGAAAUACAUGCACGGUAUGAUUUCAUUUGAAGUUUCUUACUCGCCGAUGUCAUUUUUUGGAAUUCGAGCACCACGUCUCUAUCAAUAUGGGCUUG